AUGAACCCCUUAUUGGCCGAGCGAGGAAACCCCCCACCGCGACGCAAAUCAUGCGAAGCGUGCAAGACCGCCAAGCGACGCUGCGAUCUGGCAUUCCCGGCUUGUUCUCGAUGCACUACCAGGAAUACGCCAUGCAUUUACCCGGGACGACAGCCCGCAAUACCACAGGAGCUGAUCGACGAGAUGGUCGAAUCCAUUGCUCAGACGGUUGAUACGCCGUUAUCGUUUGAUGCCGGUGUCUCGUGCAUGACCGAGUUCAGUAUACCUGAGCUACCCGACCCUCCUGCUGUUGCUCAUCCGUUCGAUGUCUUCGAUCCACAGUGGGAUUACAUUGAUAUCAACGCCCCAUGCCUGUCAUCGGAAUCACAUAGUGGUGUCCUCAUUCCACGACCAAGCAACACAAUGACCGCUCCGGUAGCAAGACCCCCGAUGCCUCUCUCAGCUAUCAUAGCAUCCCGGCUCCAAUUCGCCAUCGAUGUCCUCAAAGAUGUCCCCAAGAUGAUGGUCCAAGAGAACCAAACCCCUUGGUCUCAUAAGCAGCUCUACAUAAAUGGCAUGCCAAAAUACAUGCAAGGCGAGUCAACCUACAAUUUCUCUUCCUCUUACACCCACAAUAGAAAACAAAAGAAGAGACUAACCAACUCAACAACAGACGCCUACACAAGCUGCGCCCUCCACAUAACCCUAAACCCCCUCAACAGGCCCCUAAUAACCUCCCUAAUAAACACCAACAUCCAAACCCUCCUCACAUCCCCGGUGCCCACAACACCCCUAGAAACCCUCUCCCACACACACGCCCUCCUCCUCUACCAAAUCAUGCUCUUCUUCUCCCCAGACCCAAACUCCAACGUCUCCCUAAUUCCCCACAUCGAAUCCUCAGCCCUAACCCUCCUCUCCUGUAUCUACUUCCCCGACCCCACAAACACCCCCACCAUCUUCCCACCCACCCCAGAAGCAAAACAAGACUUCUGGACCUCGUGGAUCUUCCAAGAAUCCGCGCGCAGAACCGUCCUCUUCGCGUUCUAUCUUAUACAGCUCUAUAAGUCAGUCCAGGGGUAUAGGAAUCUCGUCUGUGAUGGUAGGCUGGGGCUGGUGCAUAGCUGGUACCUCUCGGCGCAUUUGUGGGGGGCGCAAGAUGCGGCGGAGUUUGGGGCGGCGUGGGUGGAGAAGGAUCAUUUUGUUGUUGGGGAGUUGAAUUUUGGGAGGGUGCUUACUGAGGCGAGGGCUGGGGAUGUGGAUGUUUUUGGGAGGAUGCUUUUGGUUAGUUAUUUGGGGAUUGAGGAGGCUAGGGCUUGGUUUUUGGCUAGGGGGGCUAUUUUGUAG